AUGAUUCAUAGAGAAGCUUUAGCUUCCAAAAAACUUCAACCAGAUGUUAAUAAAGUACUCCUUAAUGCUAUAAGUGUAAUAAAUUUUAUAAAAUCAAAGUCAUUAAAUUCCAGACUUUUUACUAUACUUUGCAAUGAAAUGGGUUCUGACCAUGAAAAAUUGCUUCUUCAUACUGAAGUAAGGUGGUUGUCUCGUGGUAAAAUGUUAUCACGCCUUUUUGAACUCAGAGAUGAAGCACGAAUUUUUCUUCUGGAACGUAAUAAUAAACUUUCGGAACAUUUUUUAGACGAACAAUGGCUUGCAAUUCUGGGUUAUCUUGCAGAUAUAUUUGAAAAACUAAAUUGUCUAAAUUUAAGCCUACAAGGGAAAAAUACUAAUAUUUUAUUUCUUUCUGAUAAAAUCAAUGCUUUUAAAAAGAAAAUUCUUCUGUAGAAAAAUUAUAUCGACGAUGAAAAAUUUGAAAUGUUUUCAUGUUUAUCAGAAUUCCUCAGUGAUAAUGAUGUGGAUAUUAAUAUGAUAAAAGAAAUUAUAACUGCUCAUCUAAGAAGUUUACAAACAAACUUUAAUGCACGGUUUGAAGAUUUCCCAGAAGAAAGUCUAGGUUGAAUAAGAAAUCCAUUUCAUUUUAAUAUCAAUGAACUAAAAUUAGGAAAUUUAAAAAUAAGCGAAGAACUAAUUGACUUGUCAUCAGAUGAAAAUCUACGUAUCAGAUUUCAAGAAAAUGCAUGUGAUACAUUUUGGAUUUCCAUCAAAUUUGAAUAUCCAGAAUUAUCAAAACAAGCCAUAUCAAUUUUACUUCCUUUUGCAUCAACUUAUUUAUGCGAAACAGCAUUUUCAACACUAAAGAUAAUUAAAAACAAAUAUUUAUAA